UACUGCAGUGGAGAGGAUGGCAGGGCAAGACAUGGGCACCCACUGGUCCCUCCUGUAACAUCCCCCCAGAUUUACAGAGAAGAAGUGGAUGGACAUUCUUUUCCCCAGAGCUGUUGAACCAAAAUAAUCUGAUUUAACAAUGACUUAGAGUGGCCUGUCUUGACAAGUACUGCUUAAAAGCAAACCUGAGCCUGAGAAUGGGGGAAAAGAAAGAAAUAAUGGAGAAGAUGGUUUGGACCUGUGCAGAAGAUGAUCUUGUUAUGCAUGAUCAACACAUGCUGGCAGACAGCAAUGCUGAGUGACAGUAACUCUGGGAAGCUGAAAAGUGACCAUUCACCUCCUGUGCAAUGGUGUAAGGUGGCUGCACAUGAAGAUGAGAAGACCAAGCUGGUUUCUAAAAGGUACUCGCAAAAUUCUUGCACUGUUUGUGGUUGGAGGGUGCUUCCUUUAUAUCCUCAAAUUGCAUCUUGACCCUGAGGAAUGUGACAGAACAAAAAUGCCAUAUGUGGACCUUGAUCGUGUAAAGAGGUCACAGCAGUUUGCCAGCGCUGUGCUGCAGGAGCAGUGCCGACCUUCUUAUGCCAGGAGAGAGAUGAAGAAGUUGUUUGCAGAGAAAUACAGCGUGGACAUACCUCCCUUUGCAAGGAAAAAUAUGAAUGAAGAUGAAGCUUUAUUUAAAUAUGAACCUCCAUUUGGAUUUCACAAGUUCUCUGAUAAACUUAAAGAUCUCCUUGAGCUCUUACCUGAGCAUGAUUUACCAGAAGAUUUGAAGUCUAAGCACUGUAAGCGCUGUGUUGUUGUUGGCAGUGGUGGAAUUCUCCAUGGAUCAGAGCUGGGUCACUUAUUGAAUCAGUUUGAUAUUGUUAUCAGGUUAAAUGAUGCACCAGUUCAAGGCUACACGGACCAUGUUGGUAACAAAACAACAAUACGGAUGACGUACCCCGAAGGAGCCCCCCUUUCUGAGCAUGAGUAUCCUCCUGCAAGCUUGUUUGUGGCUGUCCUCUUUAAAGGAGUUGAUUUCAGCUGGCUUCAAGCCAUGGUAAAAAAUGAAACCUUGCCUCUGUGGAUGCGGCUCUUCUUUUGGAGGGAGGUUGCUGAGAAAAUUCCUUUCACAUCAAAGCAGUUUAGGAUUCUGAAUCCAGUCAUUGUCAAAGAGACAGCUUUGGACAUUUUACAGUUCCCUGAGCCUCGAUCAAAGUUCUGGGGUUGGGAUAAGAAUGUACCUACAAUUGGGGUCACAGCAGUUGUUCUGGCCACACAUCUGUGUGAUGAAGUGAGCCUGGCAGGAUUUGGAUAUGACCUGGAUCAGCCCAGCACACCUUUGCACUAUUACAACAACCUCUGCAUGGCUGCCAUGAAAGAACAAUUCAUGCACAAUGUGACGGGUGAAACAAAAUUCCUGCGGAAACUGAUCAAAGAACAAGUUGUCAAAGACCUCACUGGAGGGAUACACUGUGAAUUCUGCAGCAAAGACAGCUAGUGACCAGCUUGCAGCAUGGACAGGAUUUGUUCCACUUCCAGAGGUUCAGCUGGAUCAAACCUUUCCCUCUCUUUAGUUCUUUAAAGUGUACAUGAAAUGGACGUGGGAUCCCUGCUGCCUUUUUUAAUGUCCCAUUCAAGCUGUCAGGCUUCUAAAUUAAUUUUCCUGUGAGACUUUACUUUGCACAUUUCUGUGAAUAGCUGUGUAAAUAUCUCAUCAAUUCAACUUGGAGUUGAAAGACAUCCAUUUAAAUUAUUUAAUGUUUUAAGUUGUCUGAAUAAAAUCAGGUUUUUUGUUUUCAAAUGUAUAUGGAACACACGUGGCUGGCCUGAAUUGUCUAACAGAAUGUGCAAGAGUUAUUUUCUCCUGAUCUGCUGUCUUUGUUGAUCCAGUUCCUGGUAUAUUGACUCCUUUUCAUGCAUGCCAUGAAAAGAAAGGCAUAAGCUUCUCAAGUCUUGCAUGUCCUGAACUUGAGCAUUGCAUUUACUCCUCAAAUAUUUAUAUUCUUUUGCUCAUACAUUUUUUGGGGGGUGAAGGACAAAUGUAGGAAUGAAGGAAAAGGAAUUGUUGUGGCAACAACUGAGUAGUAAGUACUUUGAUGUUCAUGAUUGAUAUUAAAACCAUUGAUAUAUGAAUGUUUUGGGUUAGAAUCCUGCUUUGUGAAGCACAUUCAGGCCCAGGGCCCUGUAGAAGAGGAUUUAGCCAGGAGGAGGCUUUACCCCAAUCCAGGUCAUUGGUCAUUUCCAUUCCUGAAGACCUGCCUAAAUGUUUCUAACUGGAUGAUGUCCAGCAGAGUUCAGUUACCCUAAUUAAAGAAGUGGCAUUAAUACAAAAUCUGCCACUUUUUAAAAAUGUAUAUUUUGAGUGAUUGAGAAGUGCUGGUUCUAUAAAACACUCGCUUGUAUCAAUCAUUUAGCAAAAAUCUGUGACUUGUGACUAGAUUACAAUUUCCACUGGUUAAUUUUAUGAUCCUGAAGUAAUUAAUUAUAGAUAUUGUCACCUUAAUAAUUUGCAAUGCUGAUAACCCUUGUGAAGUCCAGUUUUGUCUAUUUAAUUGGAUAGGUAGAGUUGGUUUUCCCCAAGUCAGUAAUUGGGUGAGUGUAUAAGUUUAGAAGAAAAUCACUUUAAGAAAGUAGUGUAAUCUAGUAACAAGGUAGAUAACUGCUGAAAACAGCAAAUUUAAAAAACAAAAAGAGAGAGGAAAGCUAUAGGUGUGUGUUCUUGGGGGUGGAAAUCAGUGCACUGCAAAGGCCCUGGGCUGUGCAGAUGUGUAAUUACGUUUUUAUGUUUAUAUUUUUGUUAUUAGUAGAGUAUCAGGUGUGACUGUUUGCACUGAGGAGUUGUGUUACUCAAUCUACACUCUGAGCAAAAAGCUUCCUGUGGCCGUGGGAGGUUGUCAGCAAUUCAAUCAAGGGUUGGCCUAGAAACAUUGUUCUUAUCAUGGACUCUUCACCUGGUGAAUGUUCCCACUUCUCUUUGUUAUGGACAUAGAGAUGAAUGAAGCUGUAGUUGCACAUUUCAGAAAUACUCUUGUGGAAAUGCAGGAUUAGGGUGGUUGUGUUCUGGGUUUUUACUCUGUGGAGAGCAGAUCUGAUGAAUGAUAAUGUUAGCAUGCAGAAGCAGCAGACUGAUGCUCCCUGUUACACUGAGAGUCAAUGAAAGGACAUCAGAUCAUGAACCACAGCUGAGUAAAGUUGUGGACCUCAUCUUUCCUAAGCCCCACAUGUCUACAGGUCCUUUAAAGUCAAUUGUGGGGGCUGAACAAAUUUGAAAAUCAGGAAUUCUUGUUUCUGGCACUAUGUUCAUAGCAAUAAUGUUAAUCUAGUCUUCUCUUCCAUGAAAAGCGUUAAUUUUUAUAUUAGCAAUAAAUUUCUAGUCUGUUUUUUCUUUUUUUGUAAGUAUAUUAUAUUAUUUAAUUUAAAAAUAUUUCAUGUGUGAAGAGUUUUAUACAAAUAGUCCUUUAGUUAAUAUAUUAAAAUGUGGUAACUAUUUUCUCCUGGUAUUUAAACUGGAAGCGGAAUACAUUAAUUUCAUUUAGUAUUAAUGAAAUGUUGGAAGAUUUCAGAAUGUGUGUAUUGGGAGGAUGACUUGAAUACACCAGAAGUCUGUAUUUCUGAGCACAUGGUCCCUCACCACUUCAUUUUGUUCAGCAACUUAAAAAUAAUCAGUUGAUUAGUGUAAAUGCCAAUAGCUUUUUGGAGAUGCUGUAUUUACUGUCAAAUUUGCAAAUUGUGUGGAUGUAGGAUGAGAUUUCCUACCUGUUUUAUGGCUUGUGAUAAAAACUUGUUCUCCAUGGUAGUCUGUGCAGACUUGGCACUCCAUGAAAUGGCAGCAAAAAGCAAUAAACUGAUGAAACCA